CAGUAACGUCUGACAAUGACUGAGCGGCAAGGUCAUAUCCCUUUCGAGUAUUUCAUAACAUUAUUUGAUAUCACUAACAAUUUUGCAAAUGAUGAAUUGUCACACUUCGUGUGCCCUAUCCUAUGUAUAAUGAUACAAAAAUUAUUUAAAUUUAUAAAUUUUGCAUUAGUAGGUGGUGGCAUUUUAAGUGUUUUAGACGGCCCUAGGUCGGUGGUCGUAAGGUUAGGUAGCACCGGUGACAGAACGCGGGGGGGGGGGGGGGGGGGUGGGACGAAAGAAAAAUGGCUGUCUAGCGAAAAUCGAGAAAUACGAAAGACGAACGAGUGUGUGACGAUCGAACGUGGGCUCGAAUUAUCGGUUUUUUUUUUCGAACGGAUUAAUAUCGGAGAAACGAACGAAAUUCUAAACGAAAUGACGAUGUACGCUAUGAAACCGAUCGUUUCAUUGCCACGAAUGUCGCAUCGGUCAAAACCGAUGUACGAAAUGCGAAAUAUACACGAGGAAAGAUCAAGGGACGACCAUACGGAAGCCGUGAACGAGACCGUGCCUGAUAUCACUGAGCAGGUUAUCAGCUUUUUGAAGAGUCCACUGCCAGAAUACAACGCGUUGGAAGCUAGGCAGGAAAAGAUACUGGCUCAACUAGCAGAACUCAGAAAACAAGUGUCGACACUUUCUAGUCUAUUGAAGCAAACAAAUCAAGCUGUUACAGUCGAUAAAUGUCAUAAAACUCAGGAUCCAGUUAGCAUAAAUCUUAUUGUUAAUGUGAACCCAAAGAGACCUCCUUAUUUUAUAUCUGCGCUGCAAAAAGUCUGGAAGGACACUGACAUUACAGUACAAACUUAUGUUCAUUCAAGUAUUGGUGGAGAUGUCCCUACAGUUCAUCAAGAAACUAAGGGUUCUCCAAGAAACAAUCUUGUGAAUCUAUCACUGAUCUGGAAAGAUGUUGAAGAUCUGGAAUUUGUAACUGGCCUAUAUGGUUAUCGCAUCACCGGUGAAACGAAUUUGUUAAGAUAUAUAAGUAGGUUAUUAAGUUCGCACAAUUACGAAAAUUCUAGUCUGAACGUCGUGAAUACGAUCGACUUGAUAUUAGAUUUGUGUUAUUCUAUACACUUUCAACAAUCGCUGAAAAAGAAACAAGAAAUCUUGUCUUUAAUAGCUGAUAAGUUAGAUAGAAAUUGGUCAAGUGAAGGAAAGCCAGAUAUAGCAGAUAUCGCAGUAUGGUGUACAAUUAAGCAAGUGUUCCCGAAACAGUGUCCGCCAGUGCUCAAGAAGUGGUUUGAAGCAUGUGAAAAACAUUUUGUAUAAAUAAACGUCUACCGAAUCGAAAUCGUUUA